AACCAAACCCUACUAAAAUCACAGAGCUCCUUUUCUCUUUGUUUCAGCUCGAGAGAGAGCUUGUCUUCUUCUUCUGCGCCCCAGAAAGUGUAAAGCUCCAAUUCCUUAGAACCAGUCGCCAUGACAGACGCAAUUCCUUACGCAUCUCCGGACGACGAGACGAAGAAGAAGAAGCGCAAGAGAAACAGAGGGAAGAAACAAUCAGAAUCGGCAGACACCGAACAAGCAGAGCCUCAAAACCCUAUUCCGGCAAAACAAGAAGAAGAAGAAGAAAUAGAAAAAGAAGAAAAAGGAGAAGUUGAGAAACAAGCUAAGGAUGAAGAGAAGAAGACCAAGAAGAGGAAGAGUUCGAAGGGAGAGGAAGCAGAGGCUAAAAUCCCUAGCGAGAAGAAGGUGAAGAGUGAUGGAGCGUCUGGGAUUAUGAGCACACAGUCCUUUUCUUCCUUGAAUUUGUCUGAGAACACUUUCAAGGCCAUUCAAGAAAUGAACUUUCAGUAUAUGACUCAGAUUCAAGCCAGAGCAAUCCCACCGCUCUUGAUCGGACAAGAUGUCCUCGGAGCUGCAAGGACAGGAUCUGGGAAAACUCUUGCUUUUCUAAUACCAGCUGUGGAGCUGCUAUAUAACACACAUUUUGCUCCUCGUAAUGGAACAGGUGUUGUUGUGAUUUGCCCAACACGGGAACUUGCAAUACAGACCCAUGCCGUGGCAAAGGACCUUCUAAAGUAUCACUCACAGACCCUGGGCUUGGUUAUCGGAGGUUCAGCCAGGAGAGGAGAAGCAGAACGUAUUGUAAAAGGAGUAAAUUUAUUGGUUGCAACCCCUGGUCGACUUCUUGACCAUCUUCAGAAUACCAAGGGAUUCAUAUAUAAGAACUUGAAGUGCCUCAUGAUUGAUGAAGCUGACAGGUUAUUGGAAGCAAACUUUGAGGAAGAAAUGAAACAGAUUAUUAAGUAUCUACCGAAGGAUAGGCAAACAGCUUUAUUUUCAGCAACCCAAACUAAGAAGGUUGAAGAUCUUGUUAAGUUGUCGUUUCGGAAAGAUCAGAAACCUAUCUAUGUUGAUGUGGAUGAGGGGAGAAGUAAGGUCACCAAUGAAGGGCUGCAGCAAGGUUAUUGUAUUGUGCCUAGUGCCAAGAGAUUUCUUCUUCUAUAUUCUUUCCUGACGAAGAAUCUUUCUAAGAAAGUGAUGGUCUUCUUCUCUUCUUGUAACUCCGUCAAAUUCCACUCCGAACUGCUUAAAUACGUUAACGUGGAUUGCUUUGAUAUCCAUGGAAAGCAAAAGCAGCAGAAGAGGACAACUACUUUUUUUGAUUUCUGCAAAGCAGAGAAAGGAAUCUUACUUUGUACCGAUGUUGCUGCUCGUGGACUGGAUAUUCCUGCUGUGGACUGGAUUUUGCAGUUUGAUCCUCCGGAUGAACCCAAGGAAUAUAUCCACAGGGUUGGUCGAACAGCUCGAGGGGAAGGUGGAAAAGGAAAGGCACUACUUUUCCUCAUUCCUGAAGAGUUGCAAUUUAUACGCUAUUUGAAGGCUGCAAAAGUCCCUGUUAAAGAGCAUGUAUUUAAUGAGAAGCAGCUGAAAAAUGUGCAGUCACAGCUGGAGAAAAUGGUUGAAGGCAACUACUAUCUGCGCAAAUCAGCAAAAGAGGCGUAUACAUCUUAUUUAUUAUCAUAUAAUUCACACUCCAUGAAGGACAUCUUUAAUGUUCACCGCCUUGAUCUGCAGGCGGUUGCAGCUUCCUUUUGCUUUUCUAAUCCACCCAAGGUGAAUUUGAACUUAGACAGCAGUGCAUCAAAGUUCAGGAAGAAGAUGCGUAAAGUAGAGGGAAGUCGAAAUGGAUUCAGUGAGAGCAAUCCUUAUGGUAGACAAAAAGGUGGUGAUGACAAACGACAAUUUGUAAGGCAUUAGAGGAGCCUUCAUGUGUGCAGUAAAUUUUGCUUUUUUUUCUGUUUUCCUUGCAACAAUAUCUUAUGUAUUCAUUUACUGCUGAAGUUUUGUAGCUGAAAUUGAGACUGUAAACGCAAUUUUGAUUGAUGGCGUAAAUGCAAGUCAUCUGCCCUAGUUACCUACUUAGUGUACCAUUUUAUAUUUGAUACAGUUGCAUACAUGACAGAGAGAUAAAGAACAACCGGGAAAAAGAGCCCAUUUGAAUUCAAAAAAA